CUUUAGUGUAUCCAACAAUGGCGGGCUCAAAAAGUUUCUUAGCUCUCUCAGCAACUGUAGUUAUUCUGGCAUUCUUUGUCUGCGUAAAUGCAUCGACAACAGCUCACGAAACAGAGGAGCUAAAGUCUCAGAGCUUGACCAAUACAUCAACGGCCGAUAAGUUAAGUGACGGUGCAUGGAAUGAACACGCCGUUAAAAAUCCAGAAGAAGUAGCUGCAAUGGUCGAUAUGACGAUAAGGAACAGUACGGAGCGGAGGAAGUUAGGAUUCUUCUCCUGCGCCACCGGAAACCCAAUCGACGAUUGCUGGCGAUGUGACCGUAACUGGCACCUCCGUAGAAAACGCCUCGCGAACUGCGCGAUCGGUUUCGGUCGCAACGCAGUCGGAGGGCGCGACGGUCGUUACUACGUGGUCACCGAUCCAUCGGACAACGACGCGAUCAACCCUAGACCAGGGACGCUACGUCACGCAGUGAUCCAAGACCGUCCGUUAUGGAUCGUGUUCAAACGCGACAUGGUGAUCACGCUGAAGCAGGAGCUGAUCAUGAACAGCUUCAAGACCAUCGACGGGAGAGGCGCCAACGUUGCGAUCGCGGGGGGCGCGUGUAUCACGAUCCAGUAUGUGACGAAUAUUAUUAUUCACGGGAUUAAUAUACAUGACUGUAGACGAACGGGUAACGCUAUGGUUAGAAGCUCGCCUUCGCAUUACGGGUGGAGGACGAUGGCGGAUGGUGACGCGAUAUCGAUCUUUGGGUCGAGUCAUAUUUGGAUUGAUCACAACUCUUUGUCUAACUGUGCUGAUGGGUUGAUUGAUGCCAUCAUGGGAUCUACAGCAAUUACCAUCUCUAACAACUAUCUCACCCACCACAACGAGGUCAUGUUGAUGGGUCAUAGUGAUUCAUACACAAGAGACAAGAUGAUGCAAGUGACAAUAGCAUACAACCAUUUUGGAGAGGGGCUUAUACAGAGAAUGCCAAGGUGUAGGCAUGGUUAUUUCCACAUUGUAAACAACGACUACACUCACUGGAUAAUGUAUGCAAUUGGUGGAAGUGCUAACCCUACCAUCAACAGCCAAGGAAAUCGGUUCCUUGCUCCAGCUAACCCUUUUGCCAAAGAGGUGACAAAGAGGGUUGGUUCAUGGCAAGGAGCAUAUAAGCAGUGGAACUGGAGAUCGCAGGGAGACCAACUGCUCAACGGUGCCUACUUUACAAAAUCUGGAACCGCUGCUCCUGCAAGCUAUGCCAGAGCCUCUAGCUUGGCGGCUAAACCAUCUUCUGUUGUACGUAUGCUUACCUACAGUUCCGGUGCCCUUAAAUGCAGGAUCGGUAUGCGGUGUUAGCUAAUUUUAUAACCCUCAAAACUAAGACCGAAGAAGAUAACUGAAUAGCAAAUCAGGGAAGCAAAGAAGAACAAGAACUUGUUUUCUUCGAUCCCGUUUUUUACAUUUUCCUUUGUCUUUUUUUUUUUCCUUCUCUUUUACCAUCGUACGUACUCCUUUCACCUCCUACUCGUCAACCUGGGCCAGCUUUCGUGCGCCACAGUGUUGUUCGACUCCAAAUUGUAGUACAGUGCAUUCUUCUUCUUUAUUACUCUUUUGGCGUAUCAUCAUUGUAUCAUAUAAUCUUCUAUCAAUGUAAUGUUAUUUAACU